AGUCGCUCCGGCCAGAAGCGGCCCUGAAGCUGCAGGGGCGGCGGCGCCAAGCGCACGCGCGCGCCCCGGCGAUGCCAGCCCACCAGCUGGAUGACAGCGUCGCGGUCUCCUUCCGCCAGGACAACCCCAAGAGCCGCGGCUCCAAGGCCCACGAGCGCUACGAGCGCUACAAGGCGGCGGCCACGGUGGGCGAGGCAGUUGGCCUCGGUGCGUCGAAGGGGGAUGUGGCCAACGACGUGAAGAAGGGCUUCUGCACCGUCCUCUCGGCCGCCGGCGGCGCCCCCGCCGCGGCGCCGCCGCCCGCGCUGCCCGAGCCAUCCGCGGCCUGCAGGAAACGCGCGGCCGCGGCCGCGGCCGAGGGCCCCGUUGCGAAGCGGCGAGAAGCCUCGGCUGUCCCCGGCGGCCCAGCGACGGGCGCGGCAGUCUGCGCCGCCGCGGCGCCCGCAGCGGCGCCCGCUGCGGCGGUCGGCGGGGCCGCGGUAGAGGAGGAGGCCAGGCGUGGCGAGUCCGCCCCGGCGGCCGCAAUCGCUGGGGCGGUGGCUGCCGCGGCGACGCCCGCGGCGCGGUGGAGUCUGGACCAGGUGGACCUGUCCUUCGUCAAGAUGGACGGCAAGCCGCCGAAGUACCAAAAGCGGACCAUGGCCGAGGCCCGGCGUCUGCUCUGCCCCGAGGGCGUGUCCGAGGGCCAGAAGUGCGGGUACGAGUUCGCCCUGCGCGACCGCGAUAACCUGUCAAAGUGGCUUGUGACACUGCGAGAUCUCAACUCGGACGGCAGCCUGGCCAAGGAGCUGGCGAAGAGGAAGCUGGAGGUCAGCGUCGACCUAGAGAUCGCGCUCCCAGACGGCUUCCCACUCGAGCCGCCGUUCGCGAGGGUGGUGUACCCCCAGCUGCAGGGGGGCUACGUCUUCUCCCACGGAGGCAUCUGCUUCGAGCCCCUCACCGUGAAGGGCUGGGUGCCCUCCAUGACGCUCCCCGCCCUCGCCAUAGCCAUCAAGGGCAUCCUGGACUUCGGGGAUGUCAAAUUCGCGGGCGAGGGGGACGUCAAGACGAGGACGGUGCCUGGCUACACAGAGGAUGGCGCCCGCAAGGACAGCCAGCACAUAAACAAGGUGCACCGGGAAGGAGAGAGCUCGUCCUACGGGUCCCUUCACAACUACAAGAGCUGAGGUCGGCGCCAGGGGUGGAAGGUCGGCGGCUGAUGGGAACGCAUGUGUUCGAUCAGUAGGAAGGAAUGUUGCUUCUAAUAUGAUGUGCCAGCUGGUAGACGCUCUGUGUUAGGUUUCCACCUUGCGGGUGAACGACAGAUUCCGUUCCCGCGACGUAGGCCCAGGAGCGACACCUUCACACAGAUGCGCCCAUCGCCCCCGUCUCCUCCCUGCUUCGCCUCCUCCUCCUCCCGCUGCUGCUGCUGCUGCUGCUGCUCCUCUUCCUCCUCCUCUUCCCUCCUCCUCUCCCCUCCUCUUCCCUCC